GUUGCCGCUCCGGGCUGGGCUGAUCUGAGUCCAGGAGCCGGGUUGUGUGUUUUUCUCUUUCCUUUAUUUUAUUUAUUUUUUUGUUAAAAAGAAGAAGACGCCCGUGUAUGGAUCAUGGAGUGUGUCCCUGCUGUUGUUGAUGAAUUCGAGUAUAAAAAGGAAGCACAUAUAGAUGAUCCUGAGCACAAUGUGUACACUCGCUUUAUGAAGUCCCACCGCUGUUAUGACCUGGUGCCGACUAGCUCCAAGUUGGUGGUGUUUGACACCUCUCUGCAGGUCAAAAAGGCUUUCUUUGCUCUUGUCUCCAAUGGAGUAAGAGCUGCUCCACUCUGGGACAGCAAGAAGCAGUGCUUUGUGGGUAUGUUGACGAUAACAGACUUUAUCAACAUACUUCAUCGCUACUACAAAUCGCCUAUGGUUCAGAUAUAUGAAUUGGAAGAACACAAAAUAGAGACAUGGAGAGAGGUCUAUCUACAGGAUUCCUUCAAACCUCUUGUUAGCAUACCACCCAAUGCCAGUCUGUACGAUGCCGUGUCAUCUCUGGUAAAGCACAAGAUCCACAGGUUGCCAGUAAUCGAUCCUUUGACAGGGAACACGCUGUACAUCCUCACUCACAAGAGGAUCCUCAAGUUCCUCAAACUCUUUGUGUGCUUUGUGGGUGGACGAGGCACACUAAACCCCACGAUUUCAGAGAUGCCCAAACCGGCAUUCCUGUCAAAGUCUCUAGAAGAACUCAACAUCGGAACAUUCCAGAACAUUGCCAUGGUGCACACUGACACACCCCUCUACACAGCGUUGGGAAUCUUUGUUGACCAGAGGGUUUCUGCCCUGCCUGUAAUUGAUGAUAAUGGAAGGGUGGUUGACAUAUACUCCAAGUUUGACGUCAUAAACCUGGCUGCGGAAAAGACUUAUAACAACCUGGAUAUUACCGUUACAAAGGCCCUUAAGCAUCGCUCUCAAUACUUUGAGGGAGUUCUCACCUGUCGGGCACACGAGACGCUGGAGGCCAUCAUUAACAGGCUGGUGGAGGCAGAGGUGCACAGAUUAGUGAUCGUAGAUGAUCAUGAGGUGGUGAAGGGCAUCGUGUCUCUCUCUGAUAUUCUUCAGGCUCUGGUGCUUACCAAUGGAGAGAACGAGUGCAGCUGGACACACUAAGUGAUAAACCUCAACCUUUCAUCUAGGCUCUGCUUGAGAGGUAAGAGGAGAAGAAGAGGAGAAGACGAGCGCGAGAGAGAGAGGCGACUGAUGAGAAAUUGGAGCAAAGUGACAUAAUCUAGUUGAUGGACCUUCUAAAGUCCAUCAAAAAAAAGGAGCAAUCUAAUCUUGUAGAGUGAAAAGAAAAUUCUUCCACAUUUCCUUUUAGGUAAUGAUAAAAUCAAUAUAAUGCAAUGUUGCAUUGCGGCUUUGCACCUCCAGGGUCAAGUGUCAAGUUUGCAUGUUUUUACUGUGCUUAGUGAGUUUCCCCUCCUGUUCUCCUUUGACAGUCCAGAAACAUGCAGAUUAGGCUACUUGACAUUUCCAUUGUGCACAUAAUAUGAGCUUGGGUGUGGGUGUGCGCAUGCCCUGUGAUGGAUUGUCACCCUUUAAAGGUAUACCCCGACUUGUGCCCCCAGUUCCCUGGAAUAGGCCCCAGGACUGCCGUGACCCUGUGAUGGAUAAGCGAUAUAGACAAUGAGUGAGUGAAUGUAACAGGAUCUGUUUUAUGACCAGAGAGAAUGAUAAGCUCUUGCGUCUUCUCUUCCUUUUUCUCAGUACAUGUAAAAAACAGAGCAAUAGACAGACAUGUAAGAGGUAAAGCACAACUUCAAUCAUAGCAAAGCACACACCAAAAUCCUCUACCUGUAAAAACUGAAGCAGCUGUAGCCCACUGAAACCUGCAGAUUUUCAGGACUGAAUACCAAGUACAUUAGCACUUUUUUUUGUUUGUUUGUUUUACACACACAGUUGGGCGAAGGAAGGGAUGUGGAAAUGUCACUCCCGAGAUAUUUGUCUGAGGUUUCAAUGGCUGAUCAUAGCAUAUCAGGCAAGAUCUGUAUAAAUAGGCUUUUAUGUUACUUCUAGCCUAUGCCCUAUUAACAGUAAUGACGAUCAACCUCAUCCAGAAUAUAGGAUGUUCCUUAAUGUAAUGGAAGGAACAGUGAGAAAGUGUGGAGGAUUUUAUUUCCUGAAAUUAGAGCAAUUUGUUCAGAGUUCAGCAUUCAGCCCUUGUCACCUUUUUUUAUUUUUAUUUUUUAUUAUAACUACUAAUCUGUAGUUUAAAGACCUGAGUUGUAUUUUUACGUUGUUUAAAGCACUCUUUCACCUACAGUCCAGGAAAGCUGUACUUUGCUACUCAAUAAUGAUUUUUAAAAAUAACAGCUAAUGAAAAUCAUAAGUUAUUGUUUUUUUGUGUGUGUGUUUGGUAUUGCAUGUCCUUUAUCCGUUAUCAUCUUUCAAAAUAUGGUUGAAGUGAAUCUAUUUUUAUUUUAAAUACCAUGCACCAAUUGCAUUCUUUAGACAUUUUGGUAUGAACAUGAAACCAAACGUGUUUAAGAAGGGGAGCUGUGGAGUGUCUCGGGUUUCCAUAUAAUACAUUUAAAAAAUAAUAAUAAUAAAAAUAAGUGCUUUAAUACUGUUAGAGCUGUUAAAACUGUAGCUGUUCUUAUAAUGGCUUCAAUAUAAAUUCUAAAGCAAAAUUCAAAAGCAAAUUGCUGAUAAAUGCCAGUUUAUUUGGGUUAUUAGAUUUGGGGAGCCUGGAUGAUGGAUCUGUUAACAUGAAAUAUCGGCAGCUUUUCCUCUACGUUUUGUCAUGGAUGGCUGCUGUCCAAACUGUGGCAAAGGGGAAAUGACCAUUCCACUGUUUUACCACGUUUGUUCUUUUAGUCAAUGAUUAUUUUAUUCUUAAUUAAUGAAAUGUGUAUAUAAAUAUUUACAUUUUAUUUUUCACGUCAGUUUAUAAUGCAUGAGUGAAAUAAACAUUUUAUCUUAAAUAUGG